AGUCGCCAUAGCUGUGACAUUCGUUCCUUUGUGCUUCACUGGACACAGCAGUCAUCAGCUCCAAGAGUAGCUCCAGGCUAGGACCACGCAGGACGCAGGAACAGGCAGCCGGCAGACCAGGCAGGGGUGCUGAGGACGGAGGAAGGUUGGGAGGCUGGGCACCGCUAAUAUUCUGAGCUCCCUAUCCUGGACUUCUUGGUGGGCUCGAGAAAGGACUACCCAACCUCAGGAUGAACCCUCCUUCGGGGCCCGGAGCCCAGGAGCCCAGCUCUGUGGCCAUCCCAGCCUCACCCAGCAGGUGGGACAGCUCCUGGAGCAGCACGUCCAGCGUGGGCCAAGCUCUGCCCAGCAGUCCCACGGCAGCCGCGGCUCGGGCUGCUGCCUGGGUCCCCUUCCCAACGGUGGAUGUUCCGGACCAUGCCCACUACAUCCUGGGCACAGUGAUCCUGCUGGUGGGGCUCACGGGGAUGCUGGGCAAUCUGAUGGUCAUCUAUACCUUCUGCAGGACCAGAGGCCUCAGGACACCCUCCAACAUGUUCAUUAUCAACCUCGCAGUCAGCGACUUUUUCAUGUCCUUCACCCAGGCCCCCGUCUUCUUCGCCAGCAGCCUCUAUAAGCGGUGGCUCUUUGGGGAGGCAGGCUGUGAGUUCUAUGCCUUCUGUGGGGCUGUCUUCGGCAUCACCUCCAUGAUUACCCUAACGGCUAUCGCUCUGGACCGCUACCUGGUGAUCAUGCACCCACUGGCCACCAUCGGGGUGGUGUCCAAGAGGCGGGCAGCGCUUGUCCUGGUGGGCGUCUGGCUCUAUGCCCUGGCCUGGAGUCUGCCACCCUUCUUUGGCUGGAGCGCCUACGUACCCGAGGGGCUGCUGACCUCCUGCUCCUGGGACUACAUGAGCUUCACACCUUCGGUCCGAGCCUACACCAUGCUGCUCUUCUGCUUCGUGUUCUUCCUCCCCCUGCUGGUCAUCAUCUACUGCUACAUCUUCAUCUUCAGGGCCAUCCGGGAGACAGGCCAGGCUCUCCAGACUUUCAGGGCCUGCGAGGGCGGUGCUAGGUCCCCCCGACAACGGCAGCGGCUACAGAGAGAGUGGAAAAUGGCCAAGAUUGAGCUGCUGGUCAUCCUUCUCUUCGUGCUCUCCUGGGCCCCCUACUCCGCUGUGGCCCUGACGGCCUUUGCUGGGUACGCGCAUGUCCUGACACCCUACAUGAACACCGUGCCUGCUGUCAUCGCCAAGGCCUCUGCCAUCCACAACCCCAUCAUUUAUGCCAUCACCCACCCCAAGUACAGAAUGGCCAUUGCCCAGCACCUGCCCUGCCUGCGGGUGCUGCUGGGCGUGUCAGGCCAGCGCAGUGGCCCCUACAGCAGCUACCGCUCCACCCACUGCUCCACACUGAGCAGCCAGGCCUCGGACCUCAGCUGGAUCUCUGGACAGAGGCGCCAGGCGUCCCUGGGCUCGGAGAGCGAGGUGGGCUGGAUGGACACAGAGGCAGCAGCUGUGUGGGGGGCUGCCCAGCAAGUAAGCGGCCGCUUCCCCUGCAGUCAGGGCCUGGAGGACAUGGAAGCCAAGGCCCCUCUCAGGCCGCAGGAGCAGGAAGCAGAGCCUCCUGGGAAGGCAAUGACAAUGGCGACGGCUCCGUGGGACACGCCGGCUAAUUGUGAGCUGCCUCUGCCCCCGGGCUGGGCCUUUCACUGACACGGGCAGCCCAGUGCGGCGUCCGUGCAGCCCGCGUUGGAAGCCGAGCAGAGACCUCACGCGCCGGGGGCUGUUCCCCUCUCUCCCCCGUCCCUGCUUCCUGAGUACUCUUUCUGCCGUGGCCCACACUCUAGUGCACUCUCCUCUAGGAACAUAUUUGCAUGCACCAACACAUGCGUGCACACUCUGCACCUGGGGUUUGUCUCAAAUCAGUGGUCUAAGUUCAUAGCGGGGCUGUAUGUCUCUGACAGUGUAUAGGAAAAUAAAAAGCAGAGAAG